AGCAUCGCCCAUUUAAUCCAAUCUUUUGACAAUUGCUUAUUGAGCACCUACUACAUACCAAUUAGUUAUAGUCUGGGCAAUCUCUCCCCGCUUUCUUUUUCCAAAGUCGCUUAAACGCGACCAGAGGACAGAAGGAGGCAUUCGGUAACCUAGGAGUCCUGGCUCCGCCCCUUCUGCCUUUGGCCUUGUCUGCUCCUCCCAUCACCACUCAGAGACGGCUACUGGCCCGCAACGAAGACCGAAAGCAGUCUUCGCUCGCCGCUACUCCAGCCUCGGGCUUCAAGCCCUGUAGCUUGAGGAGACAUCUAAUGACCAAGGAGGCGGGCUCGCCGCAGCCGCUUCAAGGCCAAAGCUCGUAGAGCUUACUGCGCACGCGCAGUAGACGGCGAUGGAGCCACCAAUGGAGCAGUCCGGAGGGGAGCAAGAACCAGGAGCUGUCAGGCUCCUGGACUUGCCCUGGGAAGACGUGCUGCUCCCGCACGUCCUGCACUGGGUCCCGCUGCGCCAGCUGCUCCGGCUGCAGCGCGUCAGUCGCGCCUUCCGGGCGCUCGUUCAGCUGCACCUGGCGAGGCUGCGCCGCUUCGACGCGGCUCAGGUGGGUCCACAGAUUCCACGGGCGGCACUAGUCCGGCUACUGCGGGAUGCUGAGGGGCUGCAGGAGCUGGCGCUGGCUCCGUGUCACGAAUGGCUGUCGGACGAGGACCUGGUGCCAGUGCUGGCACGGAAUCCACAGCUACGGAGCGUAGCACUGGCCGGCUGCGGCCAACUGAGUCGCCGAGCGCUCGGGGCGCUGGCUGAGGGCUGCCCGCGUCUGCAGCGCCUUUCGCUCGCUCACUGUGACUGGGUGGACGGGCUGGCACUGCGUGGCCUCGCUGACCGUUGCCCGGCUCUGGAGGAGCUAGACCUCACCGCCUGUCGCCAAAUCAAGGACGAGGCCAUCGUGUACCUGGCGCAGAGACGGGGCGCGGGACUCCGCAGUCUCUCCUUAGCAGUCAACGCCAAUGUGGGGGACACUGCGGUCCAAGAGUUGGCUCGAAACUGCCCGCAACUCGAGCACCUAGACCUCACCGGCUGCCUUCGGGUCGGAAGCGAUGGUGUCAGGACACUGGCGGAGUACUGCCCGGCGCUGCGCUCUCUGCGGGUGCGGCACUGCCACCAUGUGGCCGAACCCAGCCUGAGCCGCUUGCGGAAGCGUGGUGUGGACAUCGACGUGGAGCCACCCCUGCACCAGGCCCUGGUGCUACUCCAGGACAUGGCAGGCUUCGCACCCUUUGUCAACCUACAGGUCUGACUGACUUUCCUUGGGGUGGGGGCACAGCUGGACUGUGUAGCUGGGGCUUGACACUGAGCCAUAGGGAAACUGGACUGUGAGGGCCUAUAGUUGAGAGGCCUGGGAUAUGCCCUGUCCCACCCUGGAAUUUCAAAUAAAGAGCUUUUUACCCCUUC